AUGAUCAAAACAGGAAUGGGAUCACUAGUGCCGCGAAUUCUCCGGCAACAGGCGGCGGUGGCCCCUAGCACGGUAGUGUCGGUGAAAAAUUAUGCAACCGAGGCAACGUUCGAGACAAAGCCCUUCAAGCUGCACAACCUUAAGGAAGGGCCACCCACGACCGGCAAGGUGUCGAAGGAUGAGGCGGUGAAAUAUUACCGGCAAAUGCAAACCAUCCGUCGGUUGGAAACGUCCGCCGGCAAUCUCUACAAGGAGAAGCUCGUCCGUGGCUUCUGCCAUCUGUACUCCGGCCAGGAAGCGUGUGCCGUCGGUAUGAAGGGUGCCAUGCGCUCCCAGGACAACAUCAUCUCCGCCUACCGUGUGCACGGUUGGACGUACCUGAUGGGCGUUACGCCCCGGGGCGUACUGUCGGAGCUGACCGGCAAGCAGGGUGGUUGUGCGCGGGGUAAAGGUGGCUCGAUGCACAUGUACGCGCCGAAUUUCUACGGUGGCAACGGUAUUGUUGGUGCCCAGGUCCCGCUCGGUGCCGGCGUUGCCCUAGCGUGCAAGUACAAGGGUAACGGUGGCGUCUGUCUCGCACUGUAUGGUGAUGGUGCGGCUAACCAGGGCCAAAUUUUCGAAGCCUACAAUAUGGCCCAUCUGUGGAAGCUGCCGUGCAUAUUUGUGUGCGAAAACAAUGGUUACGGUAUGGGAACUAGUGCCGAACGUGGUUCGUGCAACGUUAAUUAUUACCAGCGUGGAGACGUCCUACCGGGCAUUUGGGUUGAUGGUAUGGAUGUCGUUGCGGUACGUCUAGCUACCGAAUUCGCCAUUAACCAUGUGCUGAACAUUGGUCCGGUUGUCAUGGAGGUGUAUACUUACCGCUAUUCGGGACACUCCAUGUCCGACCCGGGCACGAGCUACCGGACGCGCGAAGAAGUUCAAGAGGUGCGUCAAACGCGCGAUCCAAUCUCGUCGUUUAAGGAUAAAAUUAUUGCAGCGGGUUUAGUGACAGCCGAUGAACUGAAGGCUAUGGACAACGAAAUUAAGAAAGAGGUAGACGAGGCAACAAAACAAGCGAAAGCGGAUGGUGAAAUUGGUCUACCGGAACUGUCCACCGAUGUGUACUCGAACAAUCUGGAGGGCGACAUUCGUGGAUGUAAUCCCGGCUCGUGGCUUAAGCACGGUACCCUGAAGCGUGCCGUUAAUCUGUAA